AUGGUACGUUUGCACGUGAAAAAGGGGGAUGAGAACCAAUUUUUAUACGAUACAACUGUCGAGGCACGAGUCGAUGACGUCAUCCGAGACAUCACUGUCAUCUACAACGGCCGGUUGAAGAUUUCACGUAUAUGUUACGAGAUUGAAGAACUAGCGAAACAUGGAACUCUGAUACCAGAAAAUAUGAUGGGUCUCACGGACGAGCAAGUCGAAGAAUUGAAGCUCAAGGACGAAUGGGGCGAGAAAUGUGUUCCCAUGGGCGGAUCGAACUUCAACAAAGAUCCGAUCGGCCGACGCAAUGGUCGUCAACCGAAUGAGAAAAUGCAGGAAGUCUUGAAAAAAGCCAUCGAAGAUGUUCGGGCGAUGACGUCGAAGAAAUUGGUGCCCCAAGAAAAGCUCGUUACACUGAAAGUCGUUCAAGAAGCUCUGGACAUUCUGAAGGGAGCACUGAUGAUCGUUUAUCCCAUGGGAUUGCCACCGCACGAUGUGAUUCGUCGCGAAUUAGAGAAUACCGAAGACCUGCAAGGGACUCAAGCCUCCCUCGAGGUGAUGGACGUACAAACGGCGCAGCUAUGGUUUUCCGGAAAAGAAUUGUUGCGGGGGAAAAAACUCUGUGACUUUUUGGGACCAAACGAGAAAACAAAAGUCGUUGUUAAAUUGCACAAACGUGGAACAGGGAAGCCGGCACGAGAGCCCCUGAUGUCGGAGGACGAGCGGAAGCAACUGAUGCUCCACGCUUUCAAGCGUCAAGAAGAGCUGAAGGUAGAGUCCGUUAUUUUCUGUAUGGAUGAGAAAAUGUGUGUCGACAUUCGAUACAUUUACCUCCAGACUGUUUGGCUCUGA